ACAGCUGUUAAAUCCUGCAGCUAUGUAAUAUUUUAAAUGAUAUGUUUCGCAACAUAUGUUGACGGUUUUAUAUUAAAUACCGGCAUAUACAUUUCCAUUUUCCCUCUGACAAUUUCGUCAAAAUAAGCAUUGUUACAGAGACACAUUAUACGUGUCUAUGAAUGAAAUGGAAAGUUUUUUGUUUUAUUUCUUCUUGUUUCUAAGCAUCAAACUUUCAUGUGGAGGAGGAGAUGAUGAUAGUAUAGACACAGCUCCCUGCGAGCCCGGACAACCCGGUCUGUACCCACAUGCUGAAUGUCAGAUGUAUUAUAAUUGCUCUAUGAAGAACACUGACACUAACUUCCGGUACUGGCUGGGUGAUCAUCUGGUAGAGUGUAAUUAUCCAUAUCUGUACAGCAUAUCAUACCAAUCAUGUCAGCCUCACAAAAAUGUUCAGUGUGGUAACAGAAUAGAAUACAAACAUGGCUGCGAAUAUCAUAACAACCAGUGUAACGGUCCUCAUUGUCGGAGUUGUAGUUUCCAAUACUCUAACUGCACGGUACAGAAUGGUGUUUUACCAAUGGAAAGUAUGCCAAACUCUCCAUACUUUGGCAUAUGUGAUGACUGGAGAUUCACGAAAAUGACAUGCCCGGAUGGAAUGAUUUUCGACCAAGCUUCAAAAGAAUGUGUAUAAUCGAACAAUUGUAACUGAUUAAUUUACCAUAAUGAAGGUAAUUGGCAUUCAGUUUGUUGUUGAGUUUGUUGUCAUUUCUUCAACUUAUCUUAUAUUUGAUUUAAGUAAUUGAUAAUACACAACCAAUAAUGUCAACUCCUAACUUAAACGUUAUAUACCUUUAUAACUAAUAUGUCAAUUUAAUGAUUUCAGAUAUUAUAUACAGUAUUUAUAAGUUAUCUAAAAGCUCAAAUACUCAAUGUUUAUUUAAAGUUCAGCAAUAAGACUGUAACAUUAAUGUAAAACGUACGUGCUAUUGCGCACAAUUUAAAAGAAAUAACCAUGGUAACACUUCAAAAGAUUUUAUAUCAUCAUAUUAUUUUCUCAUAAGCUAAUUUACAAAACUAUCCAAUCAGGAUAUAUAUAAUUAUGCCAUUUUGAUAUUUUUUUGUGUAAGUUUAAUAUUCUUUCAAACCAUAUUUUGACUAACAGUUGUCUAUAUACACAUGCAUACCAGCAAAACCGUUGUUAUAACUGUCCUAUCAAAACAUAACCAUUGAAGAAAUGAAAAUAUUGUGAAUGUUUAAACCUUGUAUACAAAAUUUCUCAAUCAUUCGAAAGUUUAUAUAUGAUCAUGUAAAUAUGCACUUUACUUGAGUGAAUAAUCAAAGCAGUCAUAUAACAACGUGUAUCAAAACCUUUUCGUCUACAUAUAAUGUUGAAGAUCCCUUCUCGUCUUCAUUUCACAUUUGAAAACAUCGAUGUGCUUCGACAUUUCCCGUCGUUUUACGUUUAAUUUCCAAACACGUAUAUACAUUUAACUCAAAGACGGGGUACAUAUCAAGCAAACAUAUACAUAUCUGUUAGUUACUGUAUCAGUUUUUGAUAUUUCGAAAAAAGCAAACUCCCUCUCACCAA